UCGCUUGCAAGCGGUACAACCAUCUCUCGCCCUCGUUGUUGAUCUCAAAAUAUAGUUAUGUUGUUUUUAGAAAUUGCCUAAAAUAGCUAACCUAACGUAAUGUUACCUGUGCGAUAAGACUAAAUUAAGUUUAUUGUCAUUUAGUGCCUUAAUGUGUCGGUGCAUUGAACAUUAAAAUAAACAUAUGAACCAUUCAAGUGCUAUUCAUUUGUUUUCAUUAUGACGAAACGCCGAAGAAUUCUUUACGCCGACAAAAUUAUACAUAAUGUUGUUAACAUAUUCUGUUUGUUAAUGUUUUUACAACUAAAAGGUUUUUAUACAGUGGCGAGUAACCCAGUGCUCUUAUAUUCUACGGGAACAGAUAUCAGAGUAGCGAACAUAUCAAAGCCCGGCAAAGUCAACACUAUUAUCAGGGGCUUAGUCCAGGGCUCUGCGGUUGACUUUUUGUAUAAAAGAAACCUUAUAUGCUGGUCAGACCAAACUGAUGAACUGAUACAGUGUAUGAAUUACAAUGGGACCCAUUCGGGUGAAAAGAUGGGGAUAGUCUCAGAAGGCCUCAUCACGCCCACUGGAAUUGCUAUAGACUGGUACACAGAUAAAAUUUAUUGGACAGACGGAGACACAAACCGUUUAGAGGUGAUAAGCAUAGAUCAGACGUACAGGAAAGUUUUAUUUUGGUCUGAAGUGGACCUGGCUAGAGCCAUAGCUGUUGUUCCUAAGGAAGGGUUACUGUUUUGGACAGAUUGGGGCGAAGUACCCAAAAUUGAGAGAGCCGGCAUGAAUGGUGACCCAGCCACACGCAAAGUCAUAGUCAAAGAAAAUAUUUUUUGGCCCAAUGGCAUUACCAUAGAUUAUAACAAUAAUUUAAUUUACUGGGUAGACGCAAAACUAAUGUUUGUAGAUGUAAUGGAUUUUAAUGGAGAAAAGAGAAAGAGGAUUAUAAAAGGGGGACUUGAGUACCCUUAUGCUUUGACGUUUUUUAAUGACAAACUCUAUUGGACAGACUGGAAAACAUGGAAAAUCUACACAUGGGACAUGUCAACAAAUGGUCCCAUGAAGGAACUGAUCAAGUCGGAACCAGUGCCAGUAGAUAUCAGGGUGUACGACGGCAGCAGACAACUGCCGCCGCCAGAGGACCACCCGUGUAGAGUUAAUAAUGGCGGAUGCUCACACUUGUGCCUCUUGGCUCCUACACCUCCUGGCUACACCUGCUCCUGCCCAACGGGUGUGAAGCUGCGCGAUGGAAGCAACACCACCUGCUUCGACUCUCCGCAAAGCUUACUCCUCGUGGCGCAGCGCUCCGCCAUCUCCAAGAUAUCUCUAGACUCCCCUGACUUUACCCCCACCACGCUUCCCCUCAAAGACCUCAAGAGGGCCAUGUCUAUUGAUUUUGAUCCUAAAACUGAGUACAUCUACUGGUCGGAUAGCAUGGCCAAGACCAUAUCAAGGGCCCGUUUAGAUGGCAGUGACCAGUCAGUGGUGAUCCACAGCAACGGAGUGCCAGACAGCAUUGCCAUCGAGCCACUGGCACGGAACAUUUACUGGACCGACCCCGUCACAGACACCAUCAGUGUUGCCAGACUUGACGGAAGUGUGAGAAAGGUUAUUAUUUACGAGGACUUGUACGAGCCGCGAGCCAUAGCGGUCCACCCGACGGCCGGGUGGAUGUUCUGGUCGGACUGGUACGAGAAGCGGCCCAAGAUCGAGCGCGCGAGCCUCGACGGCAGUGGCCGCGUGCUGCUGGUGUCCGAGAAACUCAUGUGGCCCAACGGUAUCGCCUUGGAUACCGUCAACAACAAGCUUUACUGGGGCGACGCGAGGACGCAUAAGAUUGAGGUGUGUAACAUGGAUGGGACGAACAGAAACGAGUUGCACAACAGUGACAUCCUGCACAUAUUCGGUCUGACUUUGCUCGACCAACACCUUUACUGGUCCGAUAUGCAGCGGCGGACUUUGGACAGGAUUGAUAAAGACACCGGUCUAAAAAGGCAAGCGGUAGUGGACCAGAUGGCGAACAUGAUGGGCGUGAAGGCGUUCCGGCUGGGCGCGGCGCCGGCGGGGCACAGCGCGUGCGCGGGCGGGAACGGCGGCUGCAGCCACCUGUGCUUCGCGCGCCCGCCGCCGCCGCCCGGCGGCUACGUGUGCCGCUGCCCGCUCGGCUUAGAACUAAAAAGUGAUAAGAAAACUUGCGCAGAGCCGGAAGCUUUCCUGAUAUACAGUCGCAAAAACUUUAUAGGACUUCUUAGCAUUGAAUAUGACAACGUCGACAACCAUGCCAUAUUGCCUGUAAGGGAUAUGAAAGAAGUCAGUGCUUUGGCAGUCCAUAUUUCCGGCUCGAAGAUCUAUUGGUCGGACAGCAAAGCUAAGACCAUCAACCGUUGCUCUAUUAGCGGUGCACACAUGGAAAAGAUCGUGGAAUGGAUGGGUUUGGUUGAAGGUUUGACGAUAGAUUGGUCAGGACAGAACAUCUACUGGACAGAUAGCACCACACAACGCAUCGAAGUGGCGCGUUUAGAUGGCUCCAGCCGUCGCACGCUUAUCUGGCAAGGCCUUAAAAAACCGAAGAGUAUCACAUUGGAUCCUAAAAAAGGAUACAUGUACUGGUCCGAACUUGGAUCAAAAACAAUCAAGCGCGCUGCCAUGGACGGAUCGUCGGCCACCGUCCUCAUCGACCAAGUGGGGAAAGUUCACGCUCUGGCCAUAGACUACGACAAGCGCACUUUGUACUGGGCCGCCCUGGAGCCCCCGACCAUAGAGUACGCGUUUCUGAACGGAACCGGCCGGAGGGUGCUGGCGGAUGAUAUAACUAUGCCGUACGCGUUGACCCUGUUUGGUGAUAGGGUGUUUUGGGGCGAUUGGAACACAGGAGUAAUCCAAGCAGCCAAGAAAACCGACGGCUCAAACCGCAAGUCCAUCCACACGACCCCUCCGCUCGACUACAUCUCGGACCUGAAGGUGUACCACCGGCGACCGCAGCCCGGCACACAGUGCGGCGUGGACAACGGCGGCUGCUCCCAUCUCUGUCUGCCGCUGCCGGCAGAAACGAGAGAGGACUAUCGGUGCGCCUGCCCCACGCAUUACAAACUGAAUAAGGAUAAUCAGACGUGUUCGGAACCCGAAGAAUUUCUGUUGUUCGCUCAAAAGAACGCGGUUGGGCGCAUAAUGAUAGUGAAUGGCGAAUGUAACGACGCCUUCAUCCCAGUGACUGGACUGAAGAAUAUCAAGGCGAUCGAGUACGAUCAUGACAACAAAAUGCUAUAUUGGAUGGAUGAAGACUCCCACUCGAUCCGCCGCGUCCCAAUGUCGUACUCCACCACCUCGGCCAUCGCGGACUCGACGACCGUCGUCAGCGACCUGUCGCGACCCUUCCACAUGGUGCUCGACGUGCUGGGCAGGGCGCUGUACUGGACCUGCCUCGACACUGACUCCAUAAACGCCACCUCCAUAGAGAACAACUCUUCGGCUGGCGUCAUACUGAAGGGGAAGAAUAUGAUGCCGAGACAUUUGGCGUUUCAUCAGACAAAAAGGAUGCUAAUAUGGAACGACCUGGGCCUGGGCGCCAUAAUGGUGGCGCGCGCGGACGGCACGGGGCGCGCGGAGCUGGCGCGCGCCGCCAACGCCACGGCGCUGGCCGUCGACCAGGCCGCCGGCGUCGUCUACUGGGCCGUCAACAAGCAGAUACACGCCGUGGACCUCGACUCCAACAACAAACGUAUAAUAUGGCAAGGCGGGUGGGCGGGCUCGCUGUCCGUGUACGCGGGCGCGCUGUACCUGUCGGGCGGCGAGCGCGCGCUCAUGCGCGUGCCGCUGCACCGCCGCGACCUGCCCGCCUCGCCCGUGCCGCACCUGUCGCGCCUGCCCUGCACGCUCGCUGUCACCAAGCCGGCUCGCUCGCACCCGUGCUACGGCGGGCGCUCUUGCGGCGGCGCGGUGGGCGCGUGCGGCGCGGACGGGCGCUGCGGCUGCGGCCUCGCCUGCCGCGCCUGCGCGCCCGGGCACUUCGCCUGCGGCGCCGGGCCCGACCCGCAGGCGCCCGUCUGCGUGCCCGACGAGUGGAGAUGUGACGGGCAGGCGGACUGCCCUGAUGGAUCGGACGAGGCGGGCUGCGGCUGCGCGGCGGGGCUGCGCUGCGCAGACGGCUCGUGCGCCGAGUCGCUCGGCGACUGCGCCACCGGCGCCUACUGCGCGCCGCCCGACCCGCCGCUGCCGGACGCCUUCAGAUGCGACUCGCGGCUGUGCCUGGGCGCGCGCCUGCUGUGCGACGGGCGCGCGCACUGCGCGGACGGCGCCGACGAGGCGCCUGCGCACUGCGACCCGCGCCCAACGCCGGGCGCGCGGUCGUCGAACGCGUUGUUGGUGUGCGGCGGCAUCGCGGGCGCGGCGGGCGGGCUGGCGGCGGCGUGGGCGGCGCUGCGGCGCUGGCGGCGGCGCCGCGCCACGCCGCCGCCGCGCGUGCUCGUGCCGCUCAAGCACGCCGACGUGCGCGCCAGACCCGUCGGAGCCAGCGCCACCAUCUCAUCGGACAGCCUCUGCCGGUACCCGCGGCCGACGGCCAACCCGCCGCCGUCGCCGGCCACGGCGUCGGGCCUGAGCGCGCCGACGCGGCGGCGGGCGUACCGCCACUACCGCGCCAUGAACCGCCCGCCGCCGCCCACGCCCGCCUCCACCGACGCCGCCGAGUCCGAGCCCGAGCACCGCGCGCCGCCGCCCUCGCCCGACCCCACCCAGUACUGAUCUCAUCGCGACACCUGGCCGAGCGAGCGAGACCCACUGAUGCGAAAAGACCAAGGAUCACCAG